CAGAUGAUAAAAUGUCUGGAUUCCAUUGUUUUAUAAUAUUGCAGACCCUACUCUGCUUAGUUCAGAUUAUAGUGUACGGAUUUGAAACUCCUCAAAUUCAUUAUGGUGGGUGGACUCCACAAGUAGAUAGUGAUCAAGUCUACAAUCUGAUUGAUGGACGAGAAGUAGUUGGAAUUCACAAUGAUCGUCGUAUUGACAAUCUUAAUGAAGAUCUAGAUGAUCUAAACUGGGUCUACGUUGAUGAUUAUCCUAUUGAUUUAUCUAAACCUACAGAUGAUCUAGAGAGAUUUGAGUUGAAGUCAAAUGAAAGAAAAGAUAGUUACCAACCUCUGUUAAACCAACUACCCGGAGAAUUCGAGAAUAAAGCAAUCCGACCCAACCAAGAUGUAUCUCUAAACCUUGUUUACCAAUCUAACAGUUUGACGAAAAACGUUCCAGAGAAGGGUUGUUAUGUUCAAACACAGUGCAGUGCCAGUUGUGGUGUUGGGUUCAAGUUACAGAUACCAAGUCAAACACAUGGAUGUGCCUCAUUCUCUAUGCAGGUGGUACCCUGCAAUCUAGGACCUUGCAGUGUGAAUUGCCAGUGGGGAGUUUGGCAACAAUGGUCUUCAUGUGCUAGAAGGGAGGAUUCAACCUGCAGCCAAGGACGGUUUCGAACUCGAGUUCGACAAGUUGAAGGAGAAGGAGAACAGUGUUCAGGAGAAUCCUCCGAACAAAGGUUCUGCUAUACACAAUCUUGCCAAGGACUACCUGGAGUUCCAGGUACUCCUGGAGCUGGUGGUUCACCAGGUCGAGAUGGUUCUCCAGGUGCCCCUGGUCUACCAGGUUCACGAGGCCCCCAAGGGUUUGCUGGAAACUCAGGUAUAGUUGGAACCCCUGGAAGUCGGGGUAAAGAUGGUAGUAGAGGAGUUUCUGGUUCUCCAGGUUCUCCUGGAAUAACAGGGAAGGACGGAGCUAACGGAGCUGACGGGCCCCUAGGUCCAAUAGGUCAGCAGGGAAUUGUGGGUGAGUGGGGAAAGGUUGGGCCUGUUGGACCUCCAGGAGAGACAGGUCCUCCUGGUCCUCUAGGAGCCCCCGGAGAGGACGGAAAAGAUGGUGCUCAGGGUCCGCCAGGACUACAGGGAUAUUAUGGAGGUCAAGGACAUCCAGGACAUCAAGGACCAACUGGUCCAAGUGGAGAGCAGGGUCUACCUGGACCUAAUGGAGAUAGAGGAGUACCUGGGGUCAAAGGGCAACCUGCAGCUGAGGAGGAUGUUUCUAGUGAUUCUACUUAUUUCCAACCAGAAACACCAUAUCCAAAACCACCAGUGACUAUAAGAAAUUCUAAACCAGCAUUUUACCCAAAAAGAAGAAAUGACAAUAACUUGGCGGAACGAAGACCUUUAACUGACAACACAAGAUUUCCAGUUCCCAACCCAAGACUCCCAUCCAACCUGCAGGAGCAGCCGUAUCCAGUUCCUAACCCAAGACUCCCAUCCAACCUGCAGGAAGAGCAGUAUCCAGUUCCCUACCCAGGACUCCCUUCCAACCUGCAGGAAGAGCAGUAUCUAGCUCCCAACCUAAAACUCCCAUCCAACCUGCAGGAGAAGCACUAUCUUCAGAAUAAGAGACAAUCAAACCAGAACCAAAUCCAAUCUGAACCGAAGCCUAAACCUAAAUCUACAAGAUUAAGAAAGCAUCGUAAAUCUACGGAAGCGGAUCGUAUAAAGAGUUUAAAUAUGAUUAAAUCAUUAUUUGGAUAGUAUUGUUAAAACUUUAUACAUGCAAAUGAUUAAUUUAUUUCUAUUUUUUGAGGAAAAUAAGAAAGAUAAAGAUACAUCAAAUAAAGAAGGGUAGCUAGAGAUUGAAAAUAGAUAGAAGUUGAGAAAGCUAGAGAUAAAAGUUGCGCUAAGCUUGAGAUUGGAGAGAGUUGUCUGAGUUGUCUAAGAUCCUUUCUUCUUGCAUCAUUAUGCAGAAGGAACCUAGUGCCGAUGAAUUGUCCAAAAAAAGGCUAAUGAAGGAAGCGAUGAAAAUGGCGAAGCAUAAAGAUAUUAAGCAGAUAGAUCCAUUGGUUGUUGAUUAUGCAGCAACUAAGCUACAGGCUGGAAUCAGAGGCUAUCUGACCAGAAAGGGAUUAAAGAAAUAAAAAAGAAAGCUUGCUACUAAAUGAACAUUAUUUCCUGCUACACUGUACCAAUGAAAGAAGUUUUUUAAAAACCUGUUCAUUGUCGAUGUUUAUUAAUAAGAAUAAAAAUCAUAACUAUUUAA